CCUUGACGUCUCCAUCCUCGACUCAUUCUCCCACAUACCCAUGUCUAGGCAGGAAAAGGCCCAGACAGAGCGCAACGCGCGCAUCCUGCGCGACCUCGUCAAGCAGCCCGACAACAAGGCCUGUGCAGACUGUCGCAAGAACGACGCACGCUGGGCGUCAUGGAACCUUGGCGUCUUCCUCUGUAUCCGGUGCUCCGGAAUCCACCGGUCCAUGGGCACGCACAUCAGCAAGGUCAAGAGCAUUGACCUGGACAUCUGGACCCCCGAGCAGAUGGACUCGGUGCAGAAGUGGGGCAACAGGCGCGCAAACCUGUACUGGGAGCGUCACCUCAAGACUGGGCACAUUCCUCCCGAGCACAAAAUCGAAUCGUUCAUCCGGUCAAAGUACGAGUCGCGCCGCUGGGCCAUGGACGGCCCGCCACCAAAAGACCCCAGUGUUCUCGAAGACGGUGCUGCUCAGCCUCAGCAGCAGCAGGCGCCACCUGUUGACCGCGCCACCCGGCCCACGGCGACUGUGCCAGCGGCGCCACCAAAGCCGGCGUCGCCUCCCAGCGCCGCACCUCGCCAGCACCCCCUUCUCUCCCGUCAGACACAGGCCAAGGCGCAGCCCGCCGGUCCGACACCACAGGCACAGCCCCUCUUCGACAUCUUCGGCGACGACCCAGCGCCGGCCGCUGCUCCUACCGCUGCACCCGUGCCCCAGGCUCGCUCGCCGCCAGCCGUGACCGCCGCGACCGCACCUGGCCCUACGCGUACUGCUGCCCCCAGUGCUCCUGCCUCCAACAUCUACGACCUCGAUUUCAAGGCGCCGUCUGCCGCGCCGCGCGCCCAGACCGCCAAGGCUGACAUCAUGUCCCUCUUCUCCCAGCCCGCCGCUGGUCCUGCAGUCGCUCCCGGCGGCUUCUUCGCCGCCACCAACGCUCCCCCUCCCCAGGCCAACCCGUAUGGAUCUUGGAACGGCGGCAUCACGUCGACCGCGCCGCAGCAGUCGCAGACGCAGGCCCCGCUGCCUGCCCAGAACAGCUGGGGCGGCUUCAACGACCAGGCGGCGUGGGGCGCGCCUCAGCAGGCCCAGCAGCCGCCUCAGCAGCAGCAGCAACAGCCCGCCCAGUCGCAGUGGGGCCAGCCAGUACAGCCCGCCCAGCAGCAGUGGGGUUCGCCGACCGCCCAGCCUCAGCAGCAGGUGCAGUGGGGUGCGGCGCCGGUCCAGUCUCAGCCUGUUCAGCAGCAGUGGGGCCAGGCGCCCCAGCAGCCUGCCAACAACCUGUGGGGCUCUACGGCUGCCGACCCGUGGGCCCAGCCCGUGGCUGCGCCUGCCCCGCCAAAGAAGGACACGCGCGACCCCUUUGCAAACAUCUGGGAUAGCACGCUACGCGAGCGCAAGCCUGCGGCGUCGGGCGCGGCUUCGGCUGACGAAAAGCGCGCCGCAAAGCCGUCGACGAAGAACGACUCGCCGGGCGGCGUGCGCCUCCUCGUUCUCGUCGCUGGACUGGUUGCGGCCGUCUUCUUUGGAUCCAAGGUCUGGCCCGAGGUCUCGAAGCGUGUCUUUGGCGCGCCCGAGGCAUCCACGGCGCAGACCUUCCUCCCCGGCAUGCGAUUUGGCCGUCUGGAGGCAUCUGAGCGGCCGACCGUGUCGCCGACCAAGCUGCACCUCGAGGCGGAUGUCGAGAAGCGCGACGCGGUGCGCGAGGCCUUUGACUGGAGCUGGAAGGCGUACGAGCGCUGUGCGAUGGGCGCGGACGAGCUGCACCCUCUCUCGUGCUCUGGCUCGAACCUCACCGCGGCCGGCGGCGUGGGCUACACCAUCAUCGACUCGCUCGGCUCGCUGCUCGUCAUGGACUUUGUCCCCGAGUACAAGCGCGCCGCGGCAUGGUGCCACGCCAACCUCGACUUUGACCGCGACGGCGUGUUCAACACGUUUGAGACGACGAUCCGCGUGCUUGGCGGCCUCCUGUCGGCGCACUACCUCACCAGCAUCCACCCCGAUCCCGAGGUUUCGGCCGACGCGCCGUUCUUCCUCGAGCGCGCGACCGACAUUGGCGACCGCCUGCUGGGAGCAUUCGAGACGCCCACCGGCAUUCCAUACUCUGGCAUCAACCUCCACACGCGCCAGGGCAUCCCCGACCGCGACAACAACGGCCUUGCGAGCCUCGCCGAGGCGGCGACGCUCCAGCUCGAAUUCAAGUAUCUCUCCCACUUGACUGGCGACAUGAUCUACUGGCGCAAGGCGGAGCGGGUUCUCCAGGUCAUUAGGAACCAGGUCACGCACGACGGUAUCGCGCCCAUCUUCAUCUCGCCCCAGAACGGCGGCUUCAUCGCGUCCGACAUCCGACUCGGCUCCCGCGGCGACUCGUACUACGAGUAUCUGCUCAAGCAGUGGCUCCAGACCGGCCGCAAGGAGCCCGUUUACCGUGACAUGUACGACGAGGCCAUGGGCGGUAUCAAGAAGCACCUCGUUGCCAGGACCAAGAAGAGCGGGCUCAUUUUCACCAAGGAGCUCACGCCUGCUCGUCACCCCCAGACCGGCCAGCAGACAUGGCAGGUCGUGCCCAAGCAGGACCACCUCGUGUGCUUCCUCGGCGGCUCGUUCAUUCUCGGCGUGACCGAGAGCGGCAACCGCGAUGUUGACUGGAACAACCUCGAUGAGCGUGACACUGAGGACUUUGUCGUCGGCAGCGGAAUCGUCAAGACCUGUGUCGACACGUACGACACGGCCACGGGCCUCGGUGCCGAGAUUGUCAUGUUCUACCACCCCGAGGACGAGAAGGCUGACGAGGGCGACUGGUACAUCAAGCCUGGCAAGGGACUCAUUGACGCGCGCAACAUUCUCCGUCCCGAGACUGUCGAGUCGCUCAUGCUCGCCUACCGCUCCACCGGAGACGAGAAGUACCGCGAGUGGGGCUGGAAGAUCUUCCAGGCCUUCCAGAAGCACUGCCGUGUAGAGAGCGGCGGAUACGCCAUCAUCCAGGAUGUGCGAGUCAGCCCGGCCAAGCAGGAGGACCGCAUGGAGACGUUCUGGCUGUCUGAGACGCUCAAGUACCUCUACCUUCUCUUCGACGACUCUGACCACAUCCCCCUGAGCACGCACGUCUUCAACACUGAGGCCCACAUUCUGCCCGUGUUCGAGCCGGCACAGCUCACUGCGUUCUCGACGUCGUAAGCGCGCCCACAGUG